AUCACCCCACAACCAGCGAGUCGGAUGCUUCGCCGCGUCCUCGCCGUCGCCGCCUUGGCCGCCGCCGUCUCUGCGCAGACCACCAACGCAACGCUCUCGCCCGCUUCCGAGGCUGCUACUUACUCGGGCUGGGACGCCGCCCUUUCGAUCGCCGGCCUCCUCUACAUCUUCCUCGGCCUCGCGAUCGUGUGCGACGACUACCUCGUGCCGGCGAUCGAGACGCUCUGCGAGAAGCUCAAGAUCCCGGAAGAGGCCGCGGGCGCAAGCUUCCUCGCCUUUGGCAGCGCGGCGCCCGAGAUCCUCCUCAACGCGGUCGCAACCGCCGAGGGCCAGAUCGAGUCGAUGGAGUCGAGCUUGUCGGCGAUCCAGGGCUCGGCCAUCAUCGCCUUUGCGCUCAUCCCCGCGCUCUGCGCGCUCGUGUCGCCGACGCCGCUCGCUGUCUCGUGGGGCCCCGUCGUGCGCGACUCGCUCGCGUACAUCUUCAGCCUCGGCGCGCUCGUCUACAUCAUGGUCGACUCGGUCGUCUCGGCGUGGAACUCGGCGCUUCUCUGUAGCAUCUACGUGCUGUACAUGCUCGCGAUCUUUGUGCCCAUUUGGAUCCGCGCGCAGCAUCCCAUGGAGGGCGACGACGCCCACAACUUUACGACGCCGGCGGGCAAGGACGCCCACAUGCUCGACCAAGCACUGCACCCGGCGCACCCGCUCUUGCCAACGACGUACGGCACCACCGACAUGACGACCGACGAGACGACUCCCGCGUCGACCAACUGCGUCGUCGAAGCGCUGCUCCAAGUCGUGGACCUCGCGUCGCGCCCGUACCGCAUCCUCUUUGCGUACACGCUGCCCGAGUGCAACGUCGAGUCGCCGACGCGGGCGUACUACCCGCUCACGCUCGUGCUCUCGAUCACGUACGUCGCGCUCUUCUCGGCCGGCGCGCUCCUCCUCACGCGCAUUCUGAGCACGAGCUUGCACCUCUCGACGGCCGUUGCCGGCGUCACGCUGCUUGCGCUUGGCGCGCAGAUCCCGGAUGCGAUCGCGUCGGUCGCGCUGGCCCGUGCGGGGCACGCGGACGCGGCCGUCUGCAACGCGGUCGGGUCCCAAGUCAUCAACGUCACGCUCGGCAGCGGCUUUCCGUGGCUCAUGUACAACUUCCUCCACGGCACGAUUGCGCUGCCGUUCCAGAACGAGUCGGUGCUCUGGAAGUGGCUCGCGGCCAUCAUUUUCACCUACUUGGUGCUCAACUUUCGCGGCGUCAUUUGCGCGUGCUGCACGAAAUCCAAGGGCUUCUUCAUCGGCCUGAGCCCCCGCGACGGCAUUGCGCUCCUCGUCGUGUACGUCAUCUGCAACGUCUACCUCGUCUGGACCUUGUAG